AUGAAGGCAAUUGCCCUCCUGGUUUUUACCCUUCUGGGUUGCUCUACUGUGUCAGCUCAGACUGUAGGCGCCUACGGUCAGUGUGGAGGAAGUGGCUAUUCCGGCUCUACGGUUUGUAUUUCAGGAUAUGUAUGCACAUAUGAAAAUGCUUUCUAUAGUCAAUGUGUUCCAGGCACCACUACGUUGGCUACGACUACGACAUCCUCUUCGUCCACAGUAUCAUCAUCGUCAUCAACUACAACUAAAUCAACCUCCAUCUCUUCAUCAAUACCAAAAUCAACAUCAACUGGAUUUCCUAGCGUGAACGGACUCAACUUCACGAUUGACGGAGUAACAAACUACUACGUCGGGACCAACGCAUACUGGCUCCCUUUUCUGACAGAUGACAGCGAUGUCGACCACGUCCUCGGUGACAUCGCAUCUUCAGGCCUAAAGAUUCUGCGAGUCUGGGGUUUCAACGAUGUCAACAUCAUUCCAUCCUCAGGAACGGUCUGGUUCCAGCUCCUUGAGGAUGGCACAGCAACAAUAAAUACGGGAGCUGAUGGUCUUGAGAGACUGGAUGCCGUUGUCAGCGCUGCCGAAGCCUACGAUGUCAAGCUUAUCAUUCCUUUUGUCAAUAACUGGAAUGACUAUGGGGGCAUGAAUGCGUAUGUAACUGCGUUUGGAGGCUCGCAGACAACUUGGUAUAACACCACUGAGAUUCAGGAAGUUUAUCAAGCGUACAUCGAGGCGGUGGUAAGUCGGUAUAGUUCGUCGUCGGCAAUAUUUGCCUGGGAACUUGGCAAUGAGCCACGCUGUAAUGGAUGCGAUACAUCGGUCAUCACUGACUGGGCGGCGACCACGAGUGCUUACAUCAAAUCUCUGGAUCCAAACCACAUGGUGACGACCGGGAUUGAGGGAUUUGGUUUGACUGCCGGAUCGGAUGGCUCAUAUCCGUACUCGUUUAACGAAGGAACCAACUUUACCGCUCUCCUUUCAAUUCCGACUAUCGACUUUGGUACUAUCCAUUUAUAUCCAGACAGUUGGGGUGAAGCCGAAACUUGGGGUAGCAGCUGGGUAUCAACGCACGGAGCCACCUGUGCAGCCAUAGGCAAGCCAUGCAUUCUCGAAGAAUUCGGAGUAAGCUAUAACCAAUGCGCAAUUGAGGCACCGUGGCAAGCCACCUCUCUCGACACAGCGGGCAUGGCGGGCGAUAUGUUUUGGCAAUACGGAGACACUUUGAGUACUGGAGAAUCGUCAGAUGAUGGGAACACCAUCUAUUACGGCACUAGUACGUACAGCUGCGUUGUUACAGACCACAUUGAAGCAAUUGGAUAA